UCCAGAAGACCCCCUGUAAGAAAAGUCUUCCUCUCCCUCAAACUCUCUCCUUCACCCCAAAACUCAGAGCGCACACACUCCUGAGAAUUCUCAUUCUAAGAAGAAUAUGGAGGUCGCAUUUGUGGUGGUGUCCUCAUUGUUGAUUUGUUUGGUUUGUGAUUGAUCAUGAACGAAAAGGAGGGAUUACAUGAAGAACGGUUUUUCAAUGGAGCCGGAGCCUCCGAGUCUGGUGGGGCGAAACGAACAGAAAGGGCGCAUGUUAGCCACCCCCAAUAUUUGAAGUUUGAGUUACAUUACAUACAAGGAAGAGCUCAACAAGGGCGCCAUACACCCAGAGAUUCAAUGACUUCCAAAGAUAAUUGUAGAUACGAGCUUCGUACUGCAAUUCGCCAGCUCAGUGAUCGUUGUCUCUACUCUGCCUCUAAAUGGGCAGCAGAGCAGUUGGUGGGUAUCGAGCAAGAUCCAGCUAAGUUCACACCUUCAAACACUAGGUUUCAACGUGGAAGUUCAAGUAUUCGUCGGAGAUUUCAUUCAAAUGAGGGUAGUUCAACCCCAAUUGCUGGCAUGUCUUAUGUCUCUACUCCAGUGAUGGAGGAGGAUGAGGUUGUGGAUGGUGAUUUUUACCUUCUGGCCAAAUCAUACUUUGAUUGCCGUGAAUACAAAAGGGCUGCUCAUGUUCUUCGAGAGCAAAAUGGAAAGAAAUCUGUGUUCUUGCGGCUGUAUGCUCUUUAUCUGGCUGGUGAAAAGCGGAAAGAAGAAGAGGUAGUAGAACUUGAGGGAUCAUUGGGUAAAAGCGACGCUGUAAAUCGAGAGUUGGUUUCACUGGAAAGAGAAUUAUCAACCCUCAGAAAAAAUGGCACAAUUGACCCAUUCGGACUGUACAUGUAUGGACUUGUACUUAAACAAAAAGGCAGUGAAAAUCUUGCUCGCACAGCUCUCGUGGAGUCGGUGAACAGCUAUCCUUGGAACUGGAGUGCGUGGUCAGAGCUGCAAUCCUUGUGCACUACAAUUGACAUAUUGAAUAGCCUUAAUCUCAAUAACCAUUGGAUGAAGGACUUUUUUCUCGCCAGUGCUUACCAAGAACUUAGGAUGCAUAACGAAUCCUUGGUAAAAUAUGAGAACUUACAAGGUACUUUUAGUUUUAGUAAUUACAUACAAGCUCAAAUUGCAAAAGCCCAAUAUAGUUUGAGAGAGUUUGAUCAAGUUGAAGCAAUAUUUGAAGAACUUCUUAGGAACGAUCCAUAUCGUGUAGAAGACAUGGAUAUGUACUCAAAUGUGCUCUAUGCAAAGGAAUGCUUCUCUGCCUUGAGCUAUCUUGCUCAUAGAGUUUUCAUGACAGAUAAGUAUAGACCUGAAUCUUGCUGCAUUAUUGGAAAUUACUAUAGUUUGAAGGGGCAGCACGAGAAGUCAGUUGUGUAUUUUAGAAGGGCACUCAAAUUGAACAAAAACUAUUUAUCUGCUUGGACUCUGAUGGGACACGAAUUUGUGGAGAUGAAGAACAUUCCUGCUGCCAUUGAUGCCUAUCGACGGGCUGUAGAUAUAAAUUCAUGUGAUUAUCGAGCAUGGUAUGGGUUAGGGCAAGCUUAUGAAAUGAUGGGCAUGCCUUUUUAUGCUCUCCAUUACUUCAAGAAAUCUGUAUUUUUGCAGCCAAAUGAUUCCAGAUUGUGGAUUGCCAUGGCUCAGUGUUAUGAAAGCGAACAGCUACGAAUGCUGGAGGAGGCAAUCAAGUGUUACAGAAGGGCUGCAAAUUGUAAUGAUAGAGAAGCAAUUGCCCUGCACCAGUUGGCUAAACUGCAUUCUGAGUUAGGGCAGUCUGAAGAGGCAGCAUUCUACUACAAAAAAGAUUUAGAAAGAAUGGAAGCUGAAGAGAGGGAAGGACCAAAUAUGGUUGAAGCUCUGCUUUUCCUUGCUACGUACUAUAAAACACAAAAGAAAUUCGACGAAGCAGAAGUAUAUUGUACACGGCUUCUGGAUUACACUGGUCCGGAGAAAGAAACGGCCAAGAAUUUACUCAGAGGAAUGAGAAUAGCACAAUCUAGCUUUCCAUCUAUGGAUGUUGAGCUCUUCCCUCCCUAAGUUUUCGCCAUUGCAACACCUGAUUUUCUAACCUAUUUUUCCAAUAUUUGAAAACAAAUACAGGUCGGUCCAUAUCGAACUAUAUAUACUGCAAAGUGUUUGGCCUAUCGAUCUUCAUUUCUUCGAAGUUCCAGCAUCAAGGUUUGGUGUCUUCAUUAUUCAAUGUUUUAUUCAAUUGUAUUGUUCUUACUCUCUCACUCACUCCACCCUAGGUUGGCUGUGCAUCCAGAAAGGCUCAGUCGAAAGAGCAUUUCUUGCCUUGUGCAAUCAGUUUUCUGUCGUAUCAUUGUCGAUUAAUUCAUGUAGUCUGAAUUUAGAAACCGUUCUAAUUAUUUCAAACAGCAGUUUUUUGUUCUCA